AAAAUCUGCUUGGUCUUGUUCUGGCCUUAUGAUGUUUGCACUCAUUUGAGAAGUUAGAUCGAUAUGUUGUAUGAGACCUUCUAAUUUUUGGGUUUCUUUUCUCCCUGUAUCUCAAUUUCAGCAAACAAUCUUAACCAUCGAUGGAAGCUGUUUACUUUAACGAGGAGGGAGGUGGUCCAGAAUCAGGCCGUACUUCAACAACCACUGAAAUGAUGAAGAAGUACUACACCAAGAGAACGAGGAUGAGACUUGACCAAGAGCAGGAAAAGGGUCACGGGAAUCCUGCUCAUGACAAGGAAAUGAGACAUGAAGCAAUAGAGUUAAUGCCAAAGCCUGCUACUGCUAACGGCAACAGCUUACUAUUUCCACGCACCAACAAAAAUGACUCCUACCCUUUCGACUAUAAUUAUGGUAACACAAAUCCCAUUUGUGAUUCAUGUCUUUUUUUUAAGUUAAAAGUUUUUGCUUAAAGUAUUAUGGUUUUGGUUUUC